CGUCAACACUGCAGUCUGUCAUAGCAGCUGCAGUUAGCAGAAACACAGCACGCCCAUCUGUACGUCUAACCAGCUAACGUUGAAGAAAAGGAACGGACCACAAUGGAAGCAGCAUCUCCUCCACUGGACCCAGAACUAAUUCGGGAGAUUCUUGAAUGCCCUAUAUGCCUGGAGACUUACAACCAGGAACAACUGAGACCCAAACUACUGCAGUGUGGUCACACAGUGUGCCGGCAGUGUCUAGAGAAGCUGUUGGCUAAUACUAUUAAUGGCGUGCGCUGCCCCUUCUGUAGCAAGGUCUCCCGUAUGAGCAGUAUCUCCAAGCUGGCCGAUAAUCUCACAGUGCUCAAGAUCCUGGAUUGUACUACAUCCUGUAGUGCUGCUGCCGCUGCCUUGAUGUGCAAGUCCUGCUGUAACCGCCUACCACGACAGUACUGCCAUGAUUGUGCCACAGUCCUCUGUGAGCUCUGUAAAGGGGAGGGCCACCUGCAUCAAGGCCAUUCAGUUCAGCCAAUUAGGGUGGCUGCUGAACAGCGCCGUAAAGAACUGGGUAGCAAGCUGACUGUUCUGCGUGACGUUAUGGGUGACAUUCAGAAGAAAAAGACGGCUAUUGAAAACAUUUCCAGGUCCUUGAGGCUAAAGUAUCAGGCAGUGAACCAGGACUAUACUACAGCUGAGCUACGUCUUCAAGAGGAGCUCAAGAGGUCUCGAAGGGCAUUCACAGCUUCCAUGGCAGAAGUGGAAAAGCUAAAUGGGCAGGUCCUGGAGGAGCAAACAUAUCUCCUUAACAUUGCAGAGGUAAAAGUGGUGUCACGUUGUGAUUAUCUGACAAUGCUAGUGAGGCAGAGUGAUAUUGCUUUGCUAAAGGAUGAUGGUGGAGGCAGUGAUGAUGAAGAGCUGGAUCUGAGGUGCAGCUUGCCCACUAUGUUUCAGCUGCAAGAGCCAGAGCUGGUCAGAACAGAGCACUCUAAACCCAUUGAAGUGGGCCAAAUGACCACAAAUACUUAUACGGUUAAUACAGACGAUGAGGCGAGUAGGUUGGAAAUUGCACUUGAGGGUGAUGUAGAGAGUGUCGCGGGGGCAGUAGGGGCUAUAGGUGGUGCAACGGGGGCUCCAGUGGAUAUUUACAGAGACAUUGACAUGGCUGCAGCUGAGGAGGCGGUAUGUGGUUCACCAGGCAGCUUUAAGUCAAAAUCCAUGGAUGCAGGUGGGGGAUCACCUGGAGGAGCUGGGGUAAACGCAGAGCCCCCAGUUUGCCAGUUUGUGAAGAAGAUGGGCUGUAAGGGAACUUUACCUGGCAUGUUCAAUUUACCAGUCAGCCUCUGUGUAACAGCACAAGGUGAGGUCCUGGUGGCUGACCGUGGAAACUACCGCAUCCAGAUGUUUAAUCGUAAAGGUUUCCAGCGUGAAAUCCGCCGCAACGCAAGUAGCAUCGACAACUUUGUCCUGAGCUUCCUUGGGGCUGACCUGCCUAACCUCAUCCCCUUAUCCAUUGCUGUCACCCCUCAAGGCCUGAUUGGGGUUACUGACAACUACGAUAACUCAGUUAAAGUCUACACUAUGGAUGGACACUGUGUGGCUUGCCAUAAGAACCAACUGAUUAAACCCUGGGGUAUUACUGCCAUGCCAACAGGUCAGUUUGUGGUGUCGGAUGUAGAAGGUGGCAAGCUGUGGUGUCUGGCAGUGGACCGCAAUGUAGGUGUGGUCAGCUACAACCGAUUGUGCUCUGCUGUGCGGCCAAAAUUUGUGACAUGUGAUGCAGCUGGAACAGUCUAUUUCACCCAGGGCCUGGCCCUGAACUUUGAGAAACGCCACAAUGAGCCCCACCUGGAGGGUGGCUUUUCUAUUGGCUCAGUGGAUACUGAUGGCCAGCUAGGCAAGCAGCUCAGCCAUUUCUUCUCAGAGACAGAGGACUUCCGCUGUAUUACUGGCAUGUGUGUGGAUGCCAAUGGAGAUUUGCUUGUAACGGACAGUGGCAGAAAAGAAAUCCUCCAGUUUCCCAAAGAGGGUGGAUUUAAAGUUCUCAUCCAGGAAGGGCUGACGUGCCCCGUGGGAGUGGCCACCACCCAGAAAGGACAGCUGCUAGUGCUGGAUUGUUGGGACCACUGUGUCAAAGUCUACACAUACAUUCAGAGGAGGCACUCCUCCACUUCCUAGAGGAAAAAUCCAGUCCACGUGAGCAUGAGAGGUUUAGUACGUAUGUGUGGGUAGGUGUGUAUGGACGUUUGGAAAAGGUAGAAACACACUGUUAUCCGUCACUUUAGUUUGGCUGCAGUCCAAACAAUUCUCAACCUAGCUUUCAUUGGGUUAUUAAAUUAAUGUUCUAGUCGGUUUGUUUCAGGUUUAAAGCCUACUGGAUUUUUAUUUAAUACCUCAACUAAAAAAUCAGCUACUUAUGCUGCCUCUUACCUGAUUAUAUUAAUGGAUCACAACACUAAAACAGACCUUUUACAUCACAGAAUACUAAUACAAGUUGUCGCAUAAGCAAAAGAAGCCAUUGAUGUCAAAGCUAAUGCAGGCACAAAGUACAGAUGACUUUUCUCCUCUAUUACUGAGUGCUAUAUCCACCAUUCAGCCUGAUUGUGUGUGAUGCAUGGCUUCCACUGAUUUGGCUCAGCUUUGCAAAAGAAUGUGAGAAGGAAGAGUUUAAAAUGAACAUUUAUUCACCUUUGAAAUAAAGCAUACCAAGGCUUUUGGCCUGCGAAGCACUUUAUUACUGACACGACACUGUUUCCUAGUGGGUUUUAGUAGCACAGACUAGCAUUGAUGUUGCUGAAUGCAGCUGGCAGCUUUAAAGUUUACUGUACAGUUCACUUCUGACAAAACAGUAACCAAGUAUCAGCAUUCACUGAAUUGCAUUCAGUAACAUUCAGGGGAUAUUACGUGUAGAGUAUGAAGUUGCCUACAGAAAAGAGAGCAAUUGCGAUAUGUCAUUUACUGUGGGUUCUGUGGGUCCACACUUUUUAAUGACAUUCAGUUGUGUAGGCCUAUAAUAGUUUAAAAAAAAAAAAAAAAAAAGACACCAUCAUCUGUUAAAUGUCUAUUUUUGUUAAAGUGUCUUCGGGGGGAGCUGAAUGAAUGAAUGCAAUCAGGAUUAGGGUUACUGAUUAACUUGUAGAGCACAUUAUUAUUACGAUUUUUUUCAAGUACUUAUUAAUACUGCCAAGAUACCAUGAGUACAUCAGCCACAAACUAAGUAAUCAGUUGAGAACAUUUUGGAGCAGUGUGUCAGCCUGAAGGACAUUUAAAAGUAAAAGUUACUAAAACCUACUGUCUGAUCUACAAUACAAAAACCCUAUUCUCUCUGUAUGUUCUUUCAUUUAGCCUUCUCUUAGUGACUUCCCAGCCACAGCUUCACUUAUAUCACUAGGGGGGGGCAGGUUGAGGUAACCAGGUGCUCCGGAUCCUAUUGUAGAUGUUCUGCUCAGUCAUACAUCUCACUACAAUUUCAGGCCUCCUGCUGGCUUUUUGACAUGCAGCAUUAAAGUUAGCUUUGAGCAGUUUACUUGUGAUCACAAACACUGUGGCACCUAGUUUCAGUCCUACUUCUCAGACAGAGCUGUGUCCACUGAGUCCAAUCGAGUUCCAAAAGUCUGUUCUCAGAUGACCAUUGUAACUUGGAAGGCGCUUAAAAAUGUCAAGGCUCUGUUCUUUCUAUCCCCUAUGGGUUUAGUUACAUCACAGUCCUCUAAAAACAUUAAGCCUAAAGGGUACAGCAGACAUCUACAACUUGAAUAAUGUUUACAAACUUUGUUCAGACCUGGCUUUUGUUCCAGAGAACUUGCCAUUUGCCAUUGUUUCCUCACUCCUGGCUUGUGGUUACACAAUCUUUCGAAGGCAGUCACUGGAAGGAGUGUUUGGAAUAGCACUGCUAGGAUAAUGAUGAGUGAAAACUCCAGCAUCACACACCGAACCUGGCUUUGUUUCACUGGGAUGUUGGUUCCAUGUUGUUAUGUCUCCUCCCUCUAUUCAACACUAGAGAACCGGAGUUCUCUAGUGUUGGUAGCUAUGGUAGAGACAACAGCCAUAUACAGUGUUUUGCUAGUUAGUGCUUGUGUUGGUCAACAUUAAAUUCGCCUAUAUCCGCACGUAUUUUAUUUAUUUUAUCAUGUAGAUUUAUCAAAUCUAAAAACACUAAGACACUUUUAAUCAAAAUAUUUAGUGGCCUAAAUAUGGGGAAUCAAGUUAAUCAUUGAAACCCACCCCUCAAUACUGUAUGUAACAUUCUGUCAUAAAUAGUAAAUAUGCCUGCUCUGAGGCAAAAUGUAUCUUCCAGUCUAGGUUUGCUCUGAGCAUGUUGCAUACUGACUCAGUUUCAGCCUUAAAAAGAAAUAAUUUCAACAAAGCUGACCUUAAAUCUGCACCUGGAGCCCUAUUAAACAGCAACGUGCAAAUCUACAUAUGUGAGAAUCAAACUGUAAACAUGAAAUAUUUUUCAUAUUUCUACAUGAUAAGGAGUGAAAGAAAGAUAUAAUUGAAUUAAAGUAUCAGGUGAAGUCUGUCAUGUCACUGUGCAUUUUUGUUUUACAUGAUGUAUUUGUUUCAUUGUUAGGUCAUGUUAUAUCUCAACACUAAACUUAAAGAUUUUAAAUCAAGAUAGCCUGAGCUGUAUGUCAACCUUGCCAUCAACACUGAUUUUUCCCCACAGUGCUUACACUUAAGUAGUCAUUAUUAGGAAACAUUCAAACUUUUAAAGUGACAGAAAAAUGUAUAAAAUGCUAGAAAAAUCAAGUGUCCUUGUGUCAGUGUGCUGAAGAUCAGUGUGUCUCACAUCAUCUUAAUAUGUUUUAGUAUAUGUCAUUGGAAAGAAUUUCCUUGCAUAUAGUUUAUUAAUUUAUCCUAUUGGAUUGUAAUACUGCAAUAUGUCCAUGAACCAAACUCCCAUGUGUUUAAUGGUGUUACAUCCUUUGGAGGCUGUGAAUUUUAAACAUUACAGACAUCUCUGUGUAGUCAAAUUCAUGUUAUUGUUGAUUAUCUGAGUGCAAUAAACAUUUAUGAAACAACUAAAA